GGCCGUUCAUUCAUUCAUUCACUCAUAUUGUUUAAAAAACAAAUUGAUUUUUGCUUUGAAAGUGUGUUAAAUGAGAAAUAAAUAAAAAAGUGCUUUUAUUAUUUGAAUAAAGAGUAUUUAGGUAUAUAGGAUUAUUACCAAAAAUGGAAGAAGUGGAUUCUAUAAUUUUACACUUCCUUCGGCAAUUAAACAUCGAUAUCAGCGACGAAAUUAAAAGCAUUUGUGAAUUGCCAGUUGAGACAAUAACCGAGGCUACGUCCAAAUGUCUCAUUACCAUCAAUCCAUCAUUAAAAGUACCUACCAAGUUGCCUUCCGGGAUAUCACAUAGGAUUGAAGUGGCAGCUCAGAUAGCUUCCAUUUGUAAGGAUUUGGGAUACAAAAAUGAUGUUGGAUAUCAAACAUUUUUAUACUACAAUGAAGCUGAAUUGCGACAAGUCUUUAUGUUCCUUAUCGAAAGAUUGCCUUCAGAAGGGAAGCAUACCACUGUCAAGAAAGAGCCCACUAAUAAAAAAUCUCUGCUUAUGCAAAAUAUAAGUUCAAAAAUUGCGGAAGAAUUAAACUCCAUAUGGAUUCCACCAUGUUGUGGACAACCCUACAUAAAAACUGCUGGAGAUUUUAAGGAUCCCAAAGAUUUCAAUUUACAUACUGUAAACACAAUAGGACUCACAGAUGAAGAAAUUAUACAAAAGUUGCAAAAGAUAAAGGAUGUAAAGACAUCAAGCUCUCUGCAAUCAACAACUGAUGGGGAAAAAGUUAUGGUUAAUGAUGAUCAACCAACAGCAGUAGAGGAUGUGAAAAUUGAAAUCAAUAAGAGUCUCAAAGAAUUGAAAGAAACUGCAAUAAUUUUAAGACAGAAGUUGGAUACUUUAGAAAGUGAAAGAAAUGUUAUGGAAGUUGAAUAUUCACAGGCUCAGAAGUCAUGUGAAAGGGCAGAAGCAGAUUUGAUGAAUGUUCAAAAUAUUUUGAAUAGUAUUGGAAUUACAGAAUUUGAAUCAGGUGAAAAUAUAUUGGACAAGGUUCAAGGAAGCAUCAAUCUUCUACAUAGAAAGAGUGAAGAACUAACUUCUAGAAACCUAUCUCUCAAAGUAGAUAUUGACAAGCUAAAGAAUAGUUUAUCCCUUACUGAGUCUGAAAGAACUAAGUGUAAAAAAAUAUUAAUAAACUUAAAGGAAAAUGCUAAAUCAAUGAAAGAAGAAUAUGAAAAGAAAGAAGAAAUGAGAGAUCAACUUAAAAGUAAUUAUGAUAAAAUGAAAGGCGGGAAUAAAAGGUCAAUCUACACAAAAAGAAUAAUGGAAAUAAUUUCUAAUGUUGAUAAACAAAAUUUAGAAAUACAAAAGAUUCUAGAAGACACAAGGCAGCUACAAAAAGAGAUCAACACCCUUGAAGGCCAAUUAGACAGAUGUUUUUCUAUAGCUGAUGAAACUCUGUUCAAGGACGCAAAGAAAGAUGACCAGGCUAAAAAAGCAUACAAACUGCUUGCACUGUUACACUCAGAAUGUAACACUAUUGUCUCUUUGGUUAAUGACACGGGGACUCUGGCCAGAGAUAUUGUGGACUUAGAAGAUAACAUCAAGGCUGAGACAGCUAAGAGGACAGAGGACACAUUGAAAAGGGUGCAAGUUGACCUCGCUCAGAUGCUCAAAGAGUCAAAUCAUGUUUAA